AUGAAUGUGUCUAUUGAAGUUUUGAGAAGGAGAGGGGUUGAUUAUUUAGCUAACCUAGUCAGGGAGUUAGAACAAGAGAAAGUAAAUUCUAACUGCGAAUAUACCAAAUCUUUAAACGAUCUAAAUACGAAACUUCAAAAUGGCGUCGUCGAAAUUCAGAAUUUGAGACAAAGGAAUAAAGAUUUGAAUGUUGAAAAUGAAGAUCUUAAAAAUGUAUGCCUCUACCUGGAUGAUGAAAGGUUGAAGUUGGCAAAGUUGCUAGAGGAAUGGAACAAUUUUGGCAAAUACAUCUUCCAACAUUUUGAGGACAAAACAAAUUCUUGCAAAAUAGAUAUAGACAGAUUAGAAGCAAACCACAAAGAAAUCAUUCUAGAAAAUUCCCACCUCAAGCAACUGCUUUCGCUGAAUAGUAGUGGAAAAAUUGAACAAACUGCCAUCAAAUUUGAUCAGAUUAGGAAGCGUGGGGAUGGUAGUAGCAGUCCCAGCAGCACAUCUCUGGAAAUUGGUAGAACUAACAACCACAGCAGCAACAGCUACACUAAUUUUAGUGCAAUCAAUACCCCACCGUCAUCUGAUAUUAGUAGUAUUUCAGAAGAUACUAAAUAUGUUCAAGAUAAAGUCAAAAGUUUUACCAGUACGAAAAAAAAUGCAAGCAUUAAUAAAGUUAAUUUCCCCAACAGCUGUAGCGAUGUUAGAAAGGAUUUUAAUGAUUUGCAAAUAGGAAAGAAUCAUUCUUUACCACAAAUUGCUAAUAACAACAAUAGCCACAACAUUAAUAAUAAUAACAUCAAUUACAAAAUUGGUAAUAGCAAUAGGAAUAGUAAUAAUAAUGUAAGUGCGAAAAUUAGGUGCUAUUCAGUGUCAAGUUUGAACAGAAAAAAUGUUAAUGAUAACAAAAAUGAAGUCAUUUCGUCAUUUCAACCCACACCAUCAUCAUCAUCGUCUUUGUUAACGUCGUCAUCAUUAUCUAAGUUGAAUUAUCAAUAUGAUAAUGUUCCUUUAGUUGUACCGCCAUUACCAUUGCAAGCGUCAUCAUCGGGGCCACUAUUCAUUGGACAUGAUAUUAAAUCUAGAAAUCUUUUCUCAUUACCAUCGCCUUCGUCGUCUUCAUCACAACCAUCGUCGUAUCAUCAUUAUAACUUACAACAUGCUUCGUCAACAUCAGCAACCACAACAGCAUCAUCAUCAAUGACUAAACCAUACUAUCAGCAAAUGAAGAUGUCUUCAUCAUCCUUACCUUCAACUUUAUACAACUCGCAACAUCAGCAGCAGAUUAAAUCUGGCUUACCCAUGACUUAUUAUUACGACGAGGCUUCGCAAAAACAAUUUCAUCACCAACAACAUCAACAGCAAAAUCUCCAACAACAACCGCUGCAACAACAACUAGAAAACUCAACUUAUUUGCAAUCUCAUGGAACUCAACAGCGUCAACAACAAAACUUUACACCUGCACAGCACAAACUACAACAAAUUAUUAUGCAAUCUGACGUCAACAGCAUCAACAAAAACAUCAGCAAAAACAUCAACAUCAACAAAAACAUUAACCCACCGUACAACAACAUCAUUGGCUAUCAAGCAGUACAGUCUAAUAGAAUUUAUGAUUCAACCGUUCAAAAAAUGCCCAAUCAAACUUAUAUGGUUAUUAAAUUGCUAUCAUUCUUAGCAGUGAUAAAAUUAGUAUUAAAGAUAGAAUCUAGCACUUCACAGAAAAUGCAGUCGAAUUACUCAGCUAACAGCGGUAGUAAUAGUAAUAGAUUGAAUAAUAAUACAAUUGCUGAAGACGAUGAUGACAACGAUAAUGUGGUUAGCAGUGAUAGGGAGAAAAUUAGGCAGGCUUGCAAUCAAUGGCAAAGAAGAUUUUUUAAACUCCAGCACCAUCUAGCCUCCCCAACGGACAACAAUGACAACUUUUUUCUCUCAUUUGACUACUUUGACUCAGACGAGGACCAAUCAGUCGUCAGUAACCUCAACAAGAGAGGGUCUAUUGAUCUAAAGAAUUGUACUGAACUUUGUUCUGCCCUAAAAUUUGGACAAUAUCUCCAUGUUUUUUCGAUAAAAACAAAGUAUAGAAAUCAGCAGAGGAUAUACUACUUGGCAGCUGAUUCUCACGAAGAGAUGGACAGGUGGUUCAGUAUUUUGUGCCAUGUCCUCGAAUUAGGGAAGGCUGAUCCACCGAUCCCGCCAAGAACAACGGAGGAUGUAUAUUUCCAGAAACAACAACUUAAACAGCAGCAUCUUAAACAAGAACAACAACAUCAACAGCAGCUACAGCAGCCACAAAGACAUCAGCAGAAACUGAGCAAAGAUUAUUUUCAGAUGAGGAGAAGAAAUAGUUUUCACUGUUCUCGAAACAACAAUAAUAGCAGCAGCAACAACAACGCUAACAACAACUUCUCAUCAACAAUGGAUUCAAAAGUAAAGCAUAAAAAUAAAUCAACCGACAUGCUAUUCGUAGAUCAGCAUGUCCCUGACACCUCGCCUAACCAACAGUUUGAUGAAUACAUCCGAUUAGAUGAUUGUUUCAGUGGUUCUUCUUACAUCAGUAGUCUGAAAAACAGCAACAAGUUCAACAACAAAAGUUCAAACAAAAUGGAGGCAUGGAAUUCUGCAAAUUUUGACAAACAAACCAAAAAACUUUCCAAGGUUUCAAAUUUGUCCACCAAUGCGGCAGGUUACAGCAUGCAGAGCAACAAAACCAACAAUAAACAAAAACCUUACAAAACAUCCCAAAUGAGCCAGUCAAGUUAUGAUUGCAGCAAAACUGGCCUGCUAUUAGCAAACACAUCAACGUCAUCAACAGUAACAACUACAACACCAGCCACAAAGUCAUCAACAACAGCGGCAGCACCAUCGCUAAGGUCAUCAUUCAACAAGAACUGCAAAAGUUUCACUAAUCUGAACACUCAUCAAUUCGACAUCAACAGCUUCCACAGCAGCAGCAACAACAACAUCAGGAAACACAUCUCCACAUCGAAAUUGAUGUCAACGACAUGUACGAAACCAUCAACAACAUCAACAUUCAGCAAAAAAUCGUCAACGAGAACUGUCUUCCUAAACAAUUCGUUUGCACCUUCAAGAUUCUUUCUAAAAGAUCCAUCCACUUUCGAACUCACAAACUACAACAGCAACAACACCAACAACAACAACAGCAGCAACAAUAAUGUUGGUGAUAAAGUUGAUGUUGCCAACAAAAACAAGAUUAAGAGUUGUAGUGUGGGGGUGGGUGGCAACAAAAGUAACUUUUCUCCAGGUGACCCAAGAAAUAACAACAUAAUGAUCAGCUCUCAAUGGUUUGCCGUUUUGAUGGAAUGCUUGAUUGGUUGA